AAUAAAAAAAACACUCAUAUUCAUCAACAGAUCUCUAAUUAUCAGCUGCCAAUUGCAGGAGUUACGCAGCAAUUAUCUCCCAGGUCACGUUGGGUUGAUGACGUACGCACACACGCGCUCAAAAAAAUUAUCGGUCGAGGGGGUUUUAGCAAGGGAAAAAGCUAAUUUCACGGUGGAAAGAACUCUCUUACGCACCACGAGCAGUGAGUUUAUCGACGGGUGCGUGCGAUAUGUUAAUAAUUGAUUAGCGCACGACGAUUUGCACAAAUCAUAUCGCGCGAUCGGUCUACCUGUUGCUAUGGUGACCUUCAGGAGACGCAGGCGCUCCCAGUGCGAGAGCGCGGUGGUCCUCAGUUUAUUUUUAGGCCCAAUCAUUUCCAGACAGGUGCUCGUUUGUUCCACCCUCUCUAUAUAGUCGGUCGGCACAACAGCACAGUCCAACAGCAUUCGCGGCUUACCUUUGUUCCCUGCUGCUCUCGCUUUGACACACAUUUUCACUGUGAGACUCGAUCGGCAAUCAAUCAAAAGCAACCACUUUGCUUGCUAUAGAAAAAGAGACGUACGAUCUCGAAAGUUAAUUAGUUUUGAAACUGCAGUGAAUUGGGCUGAUCGCGAGACAGACAGAGAGAAAGAAUGGAGCCGUUGAGUCCGUUGCAAAGAAGUCCGAGGUCGGGUUCCGUGCGCAGCAGUCCGGCCGAAAAAGCGCCUGGACAGCAGAGCGGCAUUCUGGUCGGGUUGCCGCAAUGCUCCGUCACCGCAAAGGUGCUUCUCUUGGGCGACUGCGGAGUCGGCAAAACGUGUCUGCUCGUUCGCUUCCAAGACGGCCGAUUCCUUUACGGCUGCUAUAUUUCCACCGUCGGGGUCGACUUUCGGAGCAAAAUAGUCACGGUGGAUGAGGAAAUGGUGAAGCUGCAAAUUUGGGACACGGCAGGCCAGGAGCGUUUCCGCAGCGUAACCCAUGCCUAUUAUAGAGAUGCUCACGCCCUGCUGCUGCUGUACGAUGUCACAAACAAAACAAGCUUUGACAAUAUUAGGGCUUGGCUCGGCGAAAUUCGAGAGUACGCACAAGACGACGUCGUUAUUUUGCUUUUGGGAAACAAGGCUGACUGCGAGAACAGGAAAAUCAGGAGGGAAGAGGGAGAGCGGCUGGCUCGUGAAUACAAUGUCAUCUUCCUUGAAACCUCAGCCAAAUCAGGACUGAAUGUCGACUUGGCCUUCACCGCAGUCGCAAGAGGAUUGUUAGCAAGGAGUACCUCUAGCCCUGAGAGCAGAAAGGAAUACGGGGGCGCCCCCUUUAUUAUUCACGAGUACAUUAAGGAGCAUUCGCAAAAGGUGACGGAUACCUCGACGCAGUCGUCGGCCUGCAUGAAUUGCAACAUUUAGAUUUGUUCCUGAUGUUUCCUUGUGUGCAGUCGUCUCCGGCGUGUCAAUAUUUUGCCUUCUCUGACCAUAAUGUAAUAGUAAGUUCGUUCGCACUAAGAUGUCACCGAGGUUGUCACAAAUCAAUACGCGCAUAUAUCAGCAUUUCCGUGAUGUCUAAAUAUCAAAAUCAUUAAAAUGUAUAUAAUUGUCUAAUCACCGUGCCAAUCGAAUCUGAUUCGCGUUGGAACACUUUCAAUGAUUUAAGCGCCUUAGAUAUUAGAUUAAUUUAAUUAAUUUAAGAGUUUGUAGGCAAUAAAUUUAAAAUGACAAUGCGGUUUGCCUUAAAAAGCAGGUUAACGCGCUAGAUACUAUUUAUCCAAAAACGUUAAUCUCGCAGGCUGUAGCGCAAGCGCAUUGUUCUCCAUAGCCAAUUAAGUCGUGAAUAAUUUCCCAGCAUCAGACCUCUAUGAACUGGGCUCUCACCUUGAUUUUAUAUUUGGUUUUUACAAAUUAAAUAAAAUUAUCAAUUAAGCGCAUAUAUCUUCAAAUCCGAUUUCGUUUUAUUUUUCAAACCCUGAAAUUUUAAAUUUUAAAAUUCCAUUUAAAACAAGGCAAACUCAAUGACAUUGUAUUUGUGAUUAAGCUUCCAAGAAAUUAUCAUGUUUUUGUCUAAAAAAAAUAUUAUGUUCACCACUAUUUAAUUCAUUGGAGGAUGUCUGAGUGUUCGUAACCAUUUGUCGGAUAUUGAAGGGAGAAGCGAAGGCCAUAGCUCUCUACCCUAGCAAAUAAAAUGCAUUAAUUGAAAUCUCAUUGAGCGUAUA